AUGCCGCCCGGCCCCGCCCCCCCGGCUCCCCGGCCCGCCGGCCAUUGGCUGGGCGGCGCCCACGCCCGCCGUCACGUGGCCGGGCCCGGCGGGCGAUUGGCUGGGCGCUCCCUCGCCGGCGCGAGGCGCAAGGGGCGGGGGCAGGCCGGGCUCGCGGCCGGCUGUCACGGCGAGCCGCGGAGGGAUGGGGCGGCGGCCGGCGGCCGGGCAGCGCGCAUCGCACGGGGGCGGCCGGGCGGCGCGGCUGGGGCAGCGCUGCGCGGCGCCAUGAGGGGCCCGCGGAGCCCGGCGCGGCUCGGCCUGCUCUGGCUGGUGGCCGCCCUGGCCGCCGGCUCGCUGCCGCGGGGACCCAGCCCGGCCCCGGGCGCCGAGGCGGGGAACGAGCUCAGCCCCGAGGCCCCCGCGCCCCAGCCCCGCGUCGCCUCCACCCUGGGCGGCCCCCAGCCCGGCGCCGCCGCGGGGCAAGCGCGGCCGGGGGACCCCGGCGGGGCGAGCCCGGCGCCGCCGGGAGCCGAGCCCGGCCCCGGCACGGCCGCCUCCCCGGCCCCGGCCGGUUCUCCCCGGCCCAGCCAAUGGGCCCCCGGCCCCGGCCUCCCCGCGGCAGUCCCGUCCCCACCUGCCGAGCAGGAGGACGUGGCCACCGGCGGCGGCAGCCAAGACUAUCUGUGUAACUGCAGUGCUCUUGGGAGUGCAAGUGUGAAUGAGUGCAAUACUUCAAUGGGACAGUGCGAGUGUCACAAAGGCUACACUGGUCUGCGGUGUGAAAACUGCGAGGAGGGAUAUCUCCUGAACCAAACCAGUGGGCUCUGCCUUCCGUGUGGCUGCAGUUCCAAAGGCUCUGUCAGCUCCCUUUGUGACAACUUUGGAAAAUGCCAGUGUAAAGUUGGGGUAACCGGCUUCAAGUGUGACCAGUGCUGCGAUGGAUACUACUGGGUCAACCAAACCAGCUGUGAACCAUGCCAGUGCAAUAACUAUUCCAACAGCUGCGAUGUCUUAACAGGCACCUGUUUCAACUGCCAAGGAAAUACAGAAGGAAGCCACUGUGAAAAAUGUAAGGUGGGCUUCUUUAGAAGCAUCCUCCCAAGCCACGAAUGUAACCGCUGCCCUUGUUCAACAGUGGCAUCUAGCGGCAGUUGCCAAAUAAAACCUGGUCAACACAUCCCAACGUGUGACAGAUGCAAAGCUGGAUACACUGGCCCGAACUGCGACCAGUGUGACAAUGGCUAUUACAAUUCUGACAGCAUUUGCAUUAAAUGUAAAUGUAAUGGGAAUGUAGACCCAGACCAGUCACCCAAGGUGUGCAAGCCAGACACAGGGGAAUGUAUUGGCUGCCUCUACGACACGGCCGGGUUCCAUUGCGAGGAGUGUCAGGAAGGUUAUGUCAGAGACCCAGAGGGAGCCAAUUGCACCAAGAAAGAAGUCAUUCCUGGUCCUGAACCUAGAGGGUUUAUAACUGCUGCUCCCAACACCAGCCGGCCAACUUCAUUUUCAACUACCGUGAUAAACAGUACGUUAGCGCCAACAACUGUGCAGACUAUAUUUCCUAUCAACUCCUCUGACAAUAGUACCUCUGCAUUAGCAGACGUCUCCUGGACUCAAUUUAACAUAAUUAUUUUGACAGUUAUCAUCAUUGUUGUGAUCCUGUUGAUGGGAUUUGUGGGUGCUGUCUACAUGUACCGUGAAUAUCAAAACAGAAAACUUAAUGCUCCUUUUUGGACCAUUGAGCUCAAGGAGGACAACAUUAGUUUUAGCAGCUACCAUGACAGCAUACCCAACGCUGAUGUUUCAGGCUUACUGGAGGAUGACGGAAAUGAAGUGGCACCAAAUGGACAGUUGACGCUGACAACUCCCAUGCAUAACUAUAAAGCUUAAAACAAGAGUCAUUCCAGCUUUUCCAAAGUCGGCUUAAAAAAAUUACAGUCCUCGUUGAAUGGGUAUCGAAAUCUGUACCAAGGCUCCAAGCAAAGGAAUUUUCUACCCACGUACUCUUUUACGUCAGGCAUGGUGUAGCUUGCUGUUGAGCAGGAAAGGAGUGUAGUGCACAUGAAUUUCAGGUAAAAUUACGAAAUGCAUUCAGUGUAUUGUUUUCCAUGACGAUCCAUAGAAUUCAUUGCUAAGGACUUUCCAUGAAAUUAUGCUGACUUUAAAGUAUAUUUUUAUAUGAAAAGAUGGGGGGGGUAGUAACCAAUGCCCCUGAUUAAUCAAAAGCUACUUUGACUUCCAGCCAAGCUAAGGCCUACACCAGUAGCCUAUAUUUUGAAAAGCAGCCUGUUUAAUUAACAGCAGGUUUUCAGAAGAUAGACUUUUGUAAAGACUUCAUUUUAUUUCCUGGUAUGAAUUUGUGUUUUUAUAUAUAAAAAGGGAAAUCCUGUUCAUUUCACUGUACUGCUAAGUGACUUCUAAAUGAGUAAAUGUUACACACAUACUAAAGUCACCAUGUUCAGUUUUCCAACAAUUUGGGGAGCAGAAACAAUCAAUCAUGAAAAUUUUGGGGGGGUGGGCAAUCACUCUUUUCCCUUUCUGAGUUCUCAUACAAAGUGACGAUACUAUUAAAACACGGAAAUCCAUUUUCAGUAGAAGGAGUUAAUGAACUUGUAUACAUACUGUACAAGGGAAGACGACAAGACAUCUCAGGGUCACGUGUACAAAUAAAAGCUAGGCUUAAUAUCCUACCCUGACAGAAAUGGUGUGUUCUGUACAUAAAAUGUAAUAUAUCAUCUCUCCAUUGUAUUUAUAAUUAUUUGU